AGGAACAUGCUGAUGACAUCAAGAAUAUCCAUGCUGAUGAGAAACCUCAAACUACAAUUAUACAAUCUGUCAAAAUUUUCUUUGCUACACAAACAGGAACUGCUCAGGUUGAUAAAGGACUCUUCUUAUGUAAAGUUUAUCCAUUGAUCCUCCUCUUGACGAGUAAAAUGAUGUGGCAUUAGACAGUCAAGUAAAAUAAUAAAUUCAAUGCAUUUGGGCACAUUACAAAAUUCAAACAUGGCUGAACAUUUUUGGAAAUGUACAUGCAGUCACACAUUUGCAAAAUUUCCCGAAUUUGUGUACUGUUCUGAAUUCAGAAGAGAAUUAGUUCUAGCUAUUAUGUUUGGGUAUGGUAGCAUGCACACAUAGCUAAGUGUAAUACUGGUACUGUAUUUUUUCUUUUAGUAUUUUGCUGGCAUAUUGCAGAAGAAAUUAAAUCAAGAGUUAGAACUGAAUUCAAAAGUGAUUGAUUUAAAGAAUUAUGAUCCUGAUGAUUCCUUAGCAAAUGAGGUUACAGUAUGUUUUUGUCUUUGUAACUAAACCAUUAAGCCUAAUGCAUCCCAGACUCAGCAGUCACAGUAAAAUUGUAGACAACAGUGUUAAUAUAAUAAAUAUUAAUUGCCAGAUCAACCCCUCAACCUUGUGCAUAUUUAUCCUGGCAACAUAUACUGAUGGUCAACCCACUGAAGGCACUGGCUGGUUUUACAAAUGGCUCAGAGAGACUGCUGUUGAUUUUCGAGUUCAAAAAUCUUUACUACUUGGUCUAAAUUAUUGUGUGCUUGGCCUUGGGAAUUCUCUUUAUGAGGAUUAUUUUAAUACUGUAAGUAUCGUGUGACAAGAGUGCUUCAUUGUAGAAC